UUAAUGAAUGGGGGUAGAGAUGGUAAAACCAUAGUAGGGAAUAAAAAGAGAGACAAUUUAAUGCUAAAAGAUAUUCUACCAAAUCUGGGUAUUCCAUAUUCCUAAAAAAUUUAAGCAACUUUCCAUAUUCGAUUCUUUCUUCACUAUAUAGAUAUAGUCCGAAGAAAAAAAAAAGGAGUUCUUCAGAGAUCAGAAGACCCAUCUCGUCUUUUGCUGCCAUGGACAUUGCGAAUCAGAUGUUGCAAAGACAGUAUGUUGAUUACACAAAGUCGUUGUACCAUGAUGGGGUCUUGGACGAUCAAUUCUCCCAGCUUCAGAAAUUGCAAGAUGAAAGCAGCCCAGAUUUUGUAGUCGAAGUUGUUUCGCUCUUCUUUGAAGAUUCAGAGAAGAUUCUGAAUAACUUGGCUCUUGCUUUACAACAACAGAUUGUGGACUAUAAACAGAUUGAUAGUCAUGUUCAUCAGUUCAAGGGUAGCAGUUCAAGUAUAGGUGCCCAAAGAGUGAAAAAUGUAUGUGUUGCAUUUAGAAAUCUUUGUGAAGAAAAGAAUCGUGAAGGAUGUGUGAGGUGUCUGCAUCAACUGAAGAAUGAAUACAUUCUGGUGAAGAACAAGCUUCAAACUCUUUUUCAGCUAGAGCAAGACAUAUUGGCUGGUGGUGGAUCGAUUCCUGUGAUGGCAUAGACAUUGGCAAAAUAGGUUAUGAAAAGGGGGGAUUGAAGUAUAGACUGAGUUUUCUAGGUGUAUUUUGUUCUUCUUGUAUGAAAAGUGUUUUAUUUUAUUUGUGGUAGGUUAUGAAUUAUGAUGAUGAGUAGCUAAUAUGUGUUAAUGGAUGGGGGAUAAUGUUGUAGAAUUUAUCUUAGCUUUUCAAUAUUAAUUAUUACUGU